AUGAGCAGCGGGAGCGUGUUGGACAAGACGCCGCGCGUGGCCGAAGAGACCGCGAAGUACCCGCGCACCGAGCGUCUAGGCGAGUUGACGUACGGCACCUCCGGGUUCCGUGAAGACGCGGGUCUGUUGGUGUCCACGUGUCACCGCAUGGGGAUGCUGGCGGUUCUGCGCUCCAAGAGCGUGGGGAAGAUCGUGGGCGUGAUGAUCACGGCCUCGCACAACGGCGCGAGUGACAACGGGAUCAAGAUCAUUGAUCCCAAGGGCGAUAUGCUGCACUACGAGUGGGAGAAGUACGCGAUGCAACUGGCUAAUGCCGCACAAGAAGCGGUUGUUGAAGUGCUGGACGCGAUCGUCGCGGCGGAGAAGAUCGACUUGGACCAGACGGGCAACGUCUUUAUUGCAAAGGACACGAGGCCGUCGAGUGAACACUUGGCCGAGCUGACGCGCGAGGGGGCGCUCGUGAUUGGUGGGAACGUGCUCGACUUUGGGCUACAGACGACGCCGCAGCUGCACCAUCUCGUCCGCAUGUGGAACUACGAACAGUUCAAUAAAGGCGACUGGGCGUCCGAAGUUGGCUACUAUAACAUGUUGAGCGACGCUUUUAAGCAGCUCACAGCCACGCACGACUCGAAGCGCUUGGAGGCGCGGCCGCCACUGUAUGUGGACUGUGCACAUGGUGUUGGUGCGCUACAAGUGGCUAAAAUGGCUAAGGACCUCGGAGAUUCGCUUCGUCUGGAGAUCGUCAACACGCCCAGUGAUGGUGAACUGAACCUUCACUGCGGUGCGGAGCAUGUCGAGAAGUCUCGUCAGCCGCCUUCGAACAUGUCCCAGGAAAAUGACCGCGGCAAGCGUUACUGCAGCAUGGACGGGGACGGUGACCGUUUGGUUUUCCAUUACUUUGAUGAAGAAGGCACGUGGCAUUUACUGGACGGCAACAAGAUUGCGUGCCUCUUUGCCGAGUUCUUAUCGGAGAAGCUGAACGCUUUAGAGCUUGACCAGGAGGGCGUGACUUUCGGCUGUGUGAUGACUGCCUACGCGAACGGCGCUGCUACUCAGUACCUCCAAGCCCUAGGCAUUAACGUGGUGCAGGCCAAGACUGGCGUGAAACACUGUCACGAGAAGGCAUCGCAGUUUGACAUGGCGGUCUACUUUGAGGCCAACGGGCACGGCACGGUAGUCUUCAAGGAAGCGCUAAUGGACAAGCUGCACAAGUGGGAGAACACGCUGCACGAUGAGCGGAAGAAGCUUGCUCUGUCGCAGCUGCUUGCUGCGUCGCAGCUUGUAAACCAGGCUACGGGUGACGCCAUUUGCGACCUGUUGUUCGUCGAAGCACUGCUCGUCCAGAAGAAUUGGAGCAUCAGCGACUGGGACGCCAUCUACAAUGACCUGCCAAGUCGUCAGACGAAGGUGAAGGUCGCAGACCGAAGUGUGAUCAAGUCGGACGAAGAGGAUGAUUCCAAGGUGCUGGCCCCUGAGAGUCUGUGCUCGGCUUUGGACUCUGCUUUGCAGGAGUACGCCGACAAGCGCAGCCGAGCGUUUGUCCGUCCAUCGGGCACUGAGGAUGCAGUGCGUGUGUAUGCCGAAGCAGACACCCAGCAGGAUGCCGACGCCCUCGCCUUGCAGUUUGCCAAGCUGGUGCACGAACACUGCGGCGGUGUGGGUGACGAACCCACUGAAUUUGUGGCAUAG